UUACAAUUGUUUUUUUUUUGAGUACCAUAAAGAAAAACUUAGUACAUUAAUGAAAACAAAAAGUCUGUUAAGGUGAUAGAUAUGAGGAAAUUGUGGCGAUUUUUGUGUGUAUUAACUAUUAGUUAACUGGAUACGAAAUUUGAACAAUGUCAACACUUUCGGAAAACCUCCAAAGGGAGGGAGGAAAUACUUUUCCAAUGGAAAAUGUUCAAGGGAGACAAAUAGAAUCUGAGCAGACUGCGGAUCUUACGAUAAACGAUACCGACAAUGUUGAUGGCAAAAUUAUACGCGAGGACAUCGAACUUCCGCAAGAUUUUAAAGGAAAUCUGGCGUUUGUACUCUACAACGUCUUCACAUCGAAGGAGUGUGAGGACUAUAUAGCCCAGACGGAAGUGAUGGGGUAUGAAGAGACCCUAGUCAACGUCGGUGGUGGAAGGCAGGUAAAGAUGACGGGUGUGCGCAAAAGCUCGCGAUGUAUAUGGGACACGGUGGAAGAGGCGUACCGGAUAUGGGAGCGUAUAAAGAGUUACGUACCGGAAAUGUGGCGCGACAGAAAAGUCUUGGGGUUGAAUGAAAGACUGCGGUUCCUGCGGUACGACCCGGGCGACUACUUCCAAACACACCUGGACGGCGCGUACGUGCGAGACAACGGGGAGCGGAGCUACAUCACCGUCCAAGUCUAUCUCAACCAGGGCUUUAAAGGUGGUAGUACAACAUUUAUGAGUUAUUCGUGCGAGAAUAAGGUGGAAUUGGUGCCCAAAACAGGCAGCGUCCUAGUGUUCCAACACGACAUCAUGCACGAGGGCUCUAGACUGGAGGAGGGCCGGAAGUACACUAUCAGACCAGACGUCAUGUAUUCCGCAAAGAAGACGGAAACGUAAUGACAUCCGCCUUCGUCGCCGGUGAAAGUAUUGCGUUCACUGUAGUCGUUAUGAGUGCUAAAGGAACUACUCAUCGCUAUCGAAUCUGUUGUUGUUGCUUAACGCACUUGGAUGUCAUUAUUGCCAUCGCUUCAGUGCAUACGACGAUAAUUACUUUACUUUCUAUCGUUUGUUUAUUAAUUUUAUAAGGUACAUUUGAACGCAGUUGUCGUUGUUGUCCGUUUACGUUUUUUUAUGUUUUGCGUUUAAGUAAUUCUGCCGUGAUUAAGUCCAGGUAAAUUCUUUUUUUUAUUCACAAAUGGGCCGUGCUUUAUGAAAAGGGGGUUUAAUGCGUGUGCGUAAAGUGUCGUCCCAGAUUAGCCUAUGCAGUCCGCAAAGGCUAAUCAGGGACGACACUUUCCGCUUAUAAUAAACUAGAUUUUUGCUUAGAAGAGACCAUCUUUAAUCGAAAAAUAUCAUAAAGGCCCUUAGUAUCGUCCCAUAUGGAUUCAGUACAGCACUUUAAAGGACGCACUUUUCACUGUCAGUUGUUGUACUUUUCGUAAAUUUUAUUUGAUGUUGUUAUUUGUUUUGAGGUCAUCAUAUACCGUUGCGUGUUGGAUUAUUUUCCAAGUGGAAAGUGACGUUAAGUAUCGAUAUUUCAGAAUUUGCCCAGAGAGUUGCGUCGGGAACAUGCUGUGCUAUGUGAAGAAGGGGUCAAAUUCAUGUACGUAAAGUACUGGAACGACACUUUCCGCUUUUAUGAUACUUUUCGUUUCAAGAAAUUCUCUUCUUGGAAAAAUCAAGUUAAGGCGGAAAGGCAGUCCGCACAGGCUAAUCAGAGACGACAUUUUACGCAUAUGCAUUAAACCACAGAGCACGACUCAUAACGAUAACCGUAACUUAUAUAAACUUGCGCACAAGUCUUUCAGUUUAACCGUUUGUUUACAUUGGCUUUUACGAGUUGUUUUAUGACAAUAAAAUAUUAUAUAUAUAAUAUUGUAGAUUGUGUAUGUUUUUUACCAGA